CUGUACAGAAGUGUCACUGUCAUGUCAAACAAAAUGAAAAAUAACGAUGAAAUAAAAUAGUUUAAAGAUAAACAUCCACCUUCAAUAGCCCAAGCCUUAAUAAACAUGUUUAAAAAUAGACUAUUCACAGUAUUAAGAGCAAUUAGAAAAAUUCCAUCCAAUGUUUCAAGUUCUCAAAUUCGUAAAUACACACCUGCCACUUUAAGGUUGCUUGGGGCUACAGUAUUUUGCGCGGAAAACCAAGAUGGGUACAUUUCUGGUAUAUAUGAUGGGAACUUGGAACACGAAUUUCUGAUACGGCAAGCAACAACUGUAAACGUUAACGCGGCGACGCAGCUACUUACAGUUACUCUUGUUGCCAUACAAGAUACGAGUGAGAGGUUGAGGGAUGCUCUAUCAAAAGAGAUAUGCCUAGUACAACAAGCAAUGGAGUGGGGGGAAGUCACUCCCCCAGAGCACUGGGACCAGCUGGUAGCGGUUCGCGGUACUCUCUGUGACUUGAGACACAAUCUAAGAACACUCUAUAGUUAUUUGGAUUAUGCGGAGAAACUUGCAACAGUAGCAGCAGAAAUAUCAUACCUUUCAGGAAACAAUGCAGCCUCCGAUGCCAUUUGUGAAAGAAUAGAGCAAGCUCUCAGGUCUUGCAACAUUCAAAAGCAAUUGAACCAAGGGCUUCAAGAAGAGAGCUUAGAAUUACAACAGAAGGCGAUCAUCAGUUCACCACAACUUGAAGAUAAACUGGUAAAUGAUGCUACAGACAAGAAGCAACAGACAACAGAUGAUGCCAUAGACAAAGUAAAAUUGACAAUAGAUGAUGCCUUAGAUAAAGUGAAAUUGGCCACAGAUAAUGCAAUAGACGAAGAGAAAGUGACCACAGAUAAUACCAAAGACAAUAACUCCGAUAUUAAAUCAUGAAAGUGUUUUCUAUUUUAACACGUUCAAUGCCAAUGACUCCUAUUGUUAGUUCACUUUAACAUGUAAUAAUUGUAGUGGCAUACUACUCUUUUUACAUAAUAAAGUGGACUUGUGUGUCGGUGGCACUUAAUGUGUGAAUGCUGAAUUAAUUGGAGAAAGUUUAGUAUCUACUUGCAUUGGUAAUUUAAUUUUUACAUAUCUACGAGUACAUUGUAUCUAGAAAACAAAA